AUGGCUGUACAAUCGCCUUCCCCCGAGGGGAGAGAGAAAACCCUCGCAUUUAUCGGAUGUGGCAACAUGGGCUCCGCCAUCCUAAGCGGUCUACUUGACGCAACGCGCACCCAAGCGGGAAAACUCAACCACUUCAUCAUAAGCACCAAGACCGCCGCAUCCGCGGAACGUCUCCGCACCCAAUAUGCAGAGGAUGCGUCCCGCGUGACCAUCGCACACGACUCCAACCUCCGCGCGAUGCGCGAAGCAGACAUCAUCCUACUCGCCUGCAAGCCCUUUCUGGCGAAAGGUAUUCUCUCCGCUCCGGGUGUCGGGGAAGCGUUGUCCGGAAAGCUAGUGAUUAGUAUCAUGGCGGGGAUGACGCCCACUGACAUACUUGACUGUCUGAGCGACGGUGACCGCGAAAGCGUGAAGAUUGUGCGGGCAAUGCCGAAUGUCGCAGCGCGGUUGCGCCAGUCUAUGACUAUUGUUGAGCUUCCGGAAAGGAAGCCGCUGGAGGAGUUGGUGGAGAUUGUGACGUGGGUGUUUGAGGUGAUUGGGAAGGUCAAGUUUCUAAGUGCGGAUUUGUUUGAUGUUGGGACGAUGUUGGUAGGCGCUGGGAUAGGAGUUCUGACGGUGCCUUUGGAGGGAUUAUUAGAUGGAUGUGUGGUGGAGGGGUUGAGGAGGGCGGAGGCGCUGGAAAUGGCGGCCCAGACGUUGUCCGGGAUGGCGGCGUUGUUGAAAGAGGGGUCACACCCUGCGGUUUUGAGGGAGAAUAUAUCCUCCCCGAGGGGGUGUACUAUCCAGGGAGUGAUGACAGUGGAAAGAGCUGGGGCCAGAGCGACAUUUGCAGAUGCGGUGAUUAACGGCACGAGGCAUCUGAAGGGGGAUCGAUAG